AUGAGGAUUGCUACAGAACAAAAACAACAACAGCAGCAACAGCAACAGCUUGCACCAUUACAACAACAACAACAACAAAAUGAAAUUAUAAUUGAAUUUGAAAAUGUAUCAAUUCAAAGAAAAUCAAACAAAUUAAAGUAUCUGGCAAAGAAUAUGCCUCAUAACUAUUCUUUGGAUGAAUUCAUUAAAAAUGUAGAAUGUUCACUGGCUCUCUCUGUAUCUGAUGUUGUUCGUGUCGACAAAUCCACACUGUCAUUCAGCAUCACCGAUCAAAGACCUGAAAUUCAAGAGCUUCUAAGUGAAUCAGGUUUAAAGAUAAAGAAACAAUUUGUUGUUUUCGAAAAGAUAUCUGUUGAUUAUAAUGAUUGUGAAAGCAAUGGAAGCAACAACAGCGAUUCAACAGCGAAUGGUGCAGAUUAUCUCGUUGGUUCUGGUGGUGCUGCUAACUCUGGUGGUGGUGGUUACGGUAGAAUCAAAAUCAGUGGUCUCAAUGUGAAUCAAGUAGAAAAGACGGUCAUCUCAACAGUUUUCAAUUUCUCUAUGGAUAUUGAUCUGCCACUGGAAGCAAUCGAGGUGUGCAACGAUGCAUUCGUUGUUACCAUGUCAGAAGAGAACUGCGCAUCGAUGCUCGCGGAGGGCAACAUUAUCAUCCAACGUGUCAAAGCAACGGUAUCGCCAAUGCUCGAAAUAAACUUGCUACUCGUCAUUCAGGAGCCGAUUCUCGAGGUAGACUCGAUUGCAUCGCUCUUGAACAACAACUUUGGUUUGACUUUUAAACCAUCGUCCUACUCUGCCACCGAUGUUGUGCCGGUACUCGAAGAGUAUAUCACCGUCGACAGGAACAAGUGUAUGGCGUUCAUCUCGCUCAGGAAUCUCUCGAUUGCCGAGAUCGAUCAACUCGUAGAGGAGAUCAAACGUUCUGAAAACACAUUGGUUAUCAAGCGUAAGAAGGCACUGCUUCUGCCAUACUUUGGUCAUUCAUUGCAUUUCAAGUGUAACACUCCAAUCGAGAGCAUUGAUCAACUCAAAAAUCAAAUUGAUACAAUCAUCGGAGAGAAUGCUAACAACAACAACGGUAAUGGUGGUGUUGCUACUCCCGUGCCCAGUCAAGUGGAAUACUACUUUUUCGAUGACAACAAGAGUGGUGUUAUCAACUUUACAACUGUUCAACCAAAAGAGAUGGUAUUGACUAGAAAAUCAAUAUCCUUAGGUAAACAACAACAACAACAACCGGAACAACAAGAGCAACAAGAACAGAUUCAACAACUUCAACAGACAUUGUUGGAACAACAACAGCAACAACAAGCUCAACCAGCAACUAUUAUUACAACUACUAUAAAUAAUAUAAAUACAACCAAUGGUAACGGUAAUGGAAACACUACUAGUACUGGUAGUAGUAGUGGUAAUAAUAGUAAUAAUAUUAGUAACAAUCCUGUAAAUAGCAAUGAUAUCAAUAAUAAUAUUGUGGUUAAUCAUAAUAUACCGGUUAAUAAUAAUAAUAAUAUACCAAAAGUUAUAAGCAAUACUGAUAUACCACAAGUAACUUUUAUUCCGCCUGUUGUUCAACAACCACAACCACAACAACCAACAUCUCCAGCUAUCAAUAACAAUAUCAAUCUUAAUAUAAAUCAACAGCAGCAGCAGCAACUACAGCAACAACAACAACAACAACAACAACCAAUCAUUAAUAACAAUCUUCCUAAUUCAAAUACAUCUACAACUACGACGACCAUUACAAAUACAAAUAACGUUAAAAAUAAUAACAUUAUCAAUAGCAAUAACAAUAGUAAUAAUAGUAGUAGUAUAAAUAUAAGCAACAGCAAUAACAGUAACAAUAACAAAAAUAAUAUGAACAAGUACUAUAAGAAUAACAAAAAUAGUAAAACCAAUUAUUAUAAUGAUAAUGAUAUGAAAUAUGUUAUUUGUACAAAUUUGCCUAAAAAAGUAACAUAUGACAUAUUAUUAGAAUCAUUGAAGGAACAAAGAUAUCAAGUGUUAUUCAUCACCAUCAGAGACAAUAUUGCAUACAUUGAAUUGGAUAAAUCUUCACACAAUAGAUUACUAAGUACAUUUAAGUUUAAAGCAAACAAUGGUGCUUGGUUAUAUUUAGAAGAUGGUAGUAAUGCGCGUGUACCAUAUUGGAAUGUUUAUUUGUUCCCUAUUCCAGAAGCAAACUAUAGUGCUAUCGCUAAUCGAAUCAGUAAGUUUGUCAGUGUGAAUGGACCAUUUAGAGAGACUGCUGGCUACUUGGAGAUUCCACUUGGCACAGAGGAAUGUCGUAAUGAGCUACUCAAAGAGCAUAUGAUUCUCGUCCAGUCUUUCAGUUACAACAAGACAAACAAAUCACAGACGAACAACAAUGCUGGAGGUGGAAAACAAGCUGCUGACAAUGCAAAGAAGGGUAACUAUAUCAACCACUACACUUGGGUGUUUGAAGACACCGCCGAAACCAACUGUAUCUACAGUGGCAAGAUCAACGUCACCAAGACACUCUACGAUAACAUCUUUAACAAGCGACGUGACCUGUUAAACAAAGUGAGAUCGGAACACUCGGUAAAAGUCAAUCCGGAGCAACUGAAAAAUGAUUAUUUCAUCGAGUUUAGUGGUCCCAACCCCGACAAGUUGACUUUGGCCAUCGAAGACAUGAAUGUCUUGAUGUCGAGUAUUAAGGAGCGUCGUGUCGAUACACCGGUUAUCAAUUCUCAUCAUCGUGAACUCUUUUACAAGACGUUGAAUGAGCAUUGCUACAAGAACAAGACCGUCACCAAUAAGGGUGGUGAGAGAAAGGGUGAGACAACCAUUAUUUGCACAACUCUAUUCGGUCCUCAGGAGGACAUCGACCAAUUUGCCAAUUUCCUCGAGGAUCUACAAAUGGAUUCCUUCAGCUUGUUGAUCGACGGAAGCAAGACCAAUACGAUAGCGAUCGACGCCGAGCAACUGUCAAAGGAGUUCAACAUCAGCAUCAAGAUGGAACCAAAGCAGCACACCGUUCAUGUAUGUGGUCCACACGAGGAUGUUAACAAUUUCGAAGAGUGGCUAGAGUCCACCAGAGAGUCGCUUAGCCCCUCCAAGGCAAAGAAAGAAGUCACCCAGGAAAUUGCAAUGACCUAUGGAGAGCUGUUCUUCUUUAGACGACAACUCCACAAUGACAUUCAAGCGAGUGGCGUGCGUGUUGUCUUAAAGUCGCGCUCAGUCUUCCUCAAUGGUGAGAACAAGAAGAUUCAGGAUUCCAUAGCCAAGAUCGACCAACUGAAGUCACAAUUAGAGUCCUACAGGUUGGUGAAACUAUUCUCAGAGUCCACUGUCAAAGAACUCGAUCAGCUCAAAGAGUUUUUCACCAAAGAUGAAAUGGUCUUUAUCAGACACAAGAUUAUCAAAAAGAAAUCUAAAAAAUUAUCUAAACAACCACAGCAGCAACAAUCACAACACCGUACAACAAAUGGCAACAACAAUAACAACAGUGGUGUGCUUUUGGAUUCUGAUGACGAAGAUGACGAUGAUAACAAUGAUGACAACGAAGAUGGAAACUACUCGGAGAAGAUCGUCUACGUCAUGUUGGAGUUUGUCGGAUUCAAAAAGAAUUGGGAUUCGGUCAUGGCCAAGAUCAAGCUGAUCGAAUCGAAAGAGGAGGGUCGUCCACAGGAAAUCAGCAACAUAUCAUUAGAGGAAUUCAACUAUCUCAAAAACACGUUCGUUGACACCAACAUUCACAGAGGUAUUCACUUUAACACUCCAAAGAGAAAACUGUUCAUCAAUAGACUCUGGAAAGAUGACAUUGACAUCCUAGUCAAUCAAGUGAUACUCACAAUCACCCAACACCAACUUCAUCAAUCACAACAACAAUUUCAACAAAUCCAUAUAUAA